UCCCGAUCGCCGCUCCGGGCACCGGGGAGCGCGGGCCCGCCGGCCGCGGCGGCACGAUGCUGCUGUUCGUGGAGCAGGUAACAUCGAAAGGUGCUGGCUUGAACCCCAACGCAAAAGUGUGGCAAGAGGUGCCCCAGGGCAGUGCUGAGGCCGUGCCCCCCACCAAUGGCACAGAGCACACGUGGCAGGAGACAGCAGCAGCCCAGGGGACUCCAGCUGAGGGUAACAUAGAGAUCUCAGAGGACAGCUGCAAGCAGUAUGAAGUGAUGUAUUCCCCGUCCUGUGAAGCCACAAGGAAUGGCACAGGAGUUGAUGAGGCGUCAGCAAAUGGAAUUGUCCUGGCCACUGAAGAUCUGGGAUACCAAAUCUAUGAAGUGUCUGGUGAUGGCAGCUCCACUGCGUCCACAGAAGACAUUAGAGAAUGUUUGAGAAAACAGCUUGAAUUCUGCUUCUCUCGAGAGAAUCUUUCAAAGGAUCUCUACUUGAUGUCUCAGAUGGACAGUGAUCAGUUUGUUCCAAUAUGGACAAUUGCCAACAUGGAAGGGAUUAAGAAGCUGACAACGGACAUGGACCUUAUUCUUGAAGUUUUGAGAUCUUCUCCUAUGGUACAAGUGGAUGAAAGGGGGGAGAAAGUCAGACCAAACCACAAACGAUGCAUUAUCAUUCUCCGUGAGAUCCCUGAAACUACACCUAUAGAGGAGGUGAAGGCUCUUUUCAAGAAUGAGAACUGCCCCAAGGUGAUAAGCUGUGAGUUUGCUCACAACAACAACUGGUACGUUACAUUCCAGUCCGACACCGACGCCCAGCAGGCAUUCAAAUACUUAAGGGAAGAAGUGAAAACCUUUCAGGGCAAGCCAGUAAUGGCCAGGAUAAAAGCCAUCAACACGUUUUUUGCUAAGAAUGGUUACCGGGUGGUGGAUUCCAGUGUGUAUCCCCAGCCCGUGCAGACCCAAGCCCAGUUUGCCUCCCCCCUGUUUAUGCAGCCUGUAUAUAGCCCUCAGCAGUACUCCAUUUACAGCAUCGUGCCUCAGACGUGGUCUCCAAAUCCUGCACCUUACUUUGAGACACCACUGGCCCCGUUUCCCAACGGCGGAUUUGUGAAUGGCUUUAAUACACCAGGAUCAUAUAAAACAAAUGCUGCUUCUCUGAGUAUAGGUCGCCCAUUCCACAGGAAUCGGGUCAAGCCCCAUUUCCGCUCGUCCAGCAGCUCGGAGCACCCGGAGGGGCCGCCCGGCGCCGGGGCCCUGCCCAUGGGGGACCUGAGCAGAACCAGCUCCAGGAAUUUUGUCAUGGAGCGCCACAACAGCUCAUUAACGGGGCACCAAGACCAAGGGUAUUCCCAAAAGGAUUCUCCCACGGCACAGCUGGAGCAGAACGGCGAUUACGGCGUCGGCAGGGGCAGGAGGAACGUGUUCCGAGGUCGCAGGAGACGGGAGGACGACCGGGUUUCAAGACCUCAGCCUUCAGCAGAAACAAAGACUCAGACACCAAAGUUUGACUUGCUUGCAUCCAAUUUCCCACCUCUGCCUGGCAGCACAGCAAAAAUCCUGGGAGAGCCUGUGCUGGAGAGCAGGAUGUCCGACAUUGUUAAAGGAGUCUGCAAAGAGAAGGAAAGCAAAGACUCCCUGUGCCCCUGCCCUGCUCCUGCUCCUGCUCCAGAAGAACAAACGCCCAGCACUGCCCAACCGCCCGUGCCCAGCGUGAGCUCCCCGAGCCAGACUGAGCCUGUGGUGCUGAGCAUGGUUCAGCCAGAGAGCAAACCAGAAGAAGUGUCUGCUCCUAAGGACGUGGCCAGCCCGGCUUCUCCGCCGGCAUCCGUCUGUCCCAUCAGUGCUGCAAAGCCACCGAGGACUGACACCUCCUCACCUUCUGCUCAAGCAAGUGCAGCUCCAGCUCUGUCAACACAGGAGCCUCGCAAGCUCAGCUACGCCGAAGUUUGCCAGAAGCCCCCCAAGGAGCCCCCUCCGGUCCCCGUGCAGCCUCUGAGGGAGCACCGCACCAACAUCGUGGCCCCUGCCAAAAGCGAAGAGAACGGUACGGCGGAGAAGGCUCCGGAGAAGGCUCCUCACGAGAGGCCCGAGGGGAGAAUGAAGGAUUUCUGCGGCUUCCGCGGCAGCGGAGCUCCCAGGGGAGCUGGCCAAAAUCAGGGAACAGAGGCGCCAGUUUGGACGCAGAUCUUCGCCUCAGGGAGCGCCGCGCCGCGCGGGCAAGGAGCAGUUCGUGCCACCCCGGUCACCAAAGUAACGCUGGGCCAGCCAAUGUCUCUGUUUCACUUGAGCUGUGGACUAAAGAGCAGCAGAGAGACUGAGGAGGAGGGAAGGAUUCGGGAAGGGGAGUAUUGAACUGGAGCGUGGCUUGUGUGGAGAAGUUGUGGAGAGUCCCAAAAUUCAUCUCUAAAAGUGAUUUCACAAAUGCUGGAGGAUUCCAAUCACUAUAAAUAUAGAGAUUAUAAUUUUUGUAUUUUUGUUUUUAAUUUGCAGAGGGUUUCCUGCUUGAAAUCAGCUUUGGGAUUGUGAAAGUAGCGUUUUGACAAAGUGAAAGGAUAUGAGUUGACAAAUUAACCUGUCCCUCGGUGUAGGAGGAGAAGGAUAAGAGAAUAUUAUUUUUGGAAAAUGAGCAUUUCUGUAAAAUUAGAACUUUUUUUAACCUAUUUAACGUUUGGCUUGUGGGCUGGUGUGUCUGCCAUGGAUGGCCUGGCAUUGCAGAGGCCUCUGCAGCAGCAUGAGCGGAGCGAGUGCAGCCAGACCUGUUGUCAUCACUUAGUCACUGAUGAUGAAAACUGAAUGUACUACUGUAGUGUAACCCAUGUGUUUCCAGCUUGAAGUAGAGUCUCUUGACCUUACUAAUAUUUCAUUCAGCAAGCUUUUUAAGGUGUAAGUUUUGCAGGAUACUGGAUUGUAGAUGAGAGUGUGUGGACAGCAGAAAUUGUCUCGUAGACGCAGUGGAAGGAGGCAAAGGGAGCAUGUGAGAAUCUUUAUUAUGCCCUUUUUCCUCGCCUCCUUUUGAGGGCAACUCCUUAGGUUUGGGGUUUUGUUUGUUUGCUUUUUCCCUCUCUUGUUACUUUCUCUAAUUUCUUUAUUACAGACUUUAGUGCAUUUUUCUUGGUGUGUUUUCCUGAGGCAGCCCCAGGGUAGGAUGGGCAGGUGGUGUUACCUGCACAGGUAAGGAGCCUGGAAUUCCAGCUGCAGAUGCUGAAUUCUGCCUUGCAGGUGGGAACUCUGGGCACUCGCUGUCAUCUCUGGAUGACUGGGCAGCAAACCAGAGCUGUGGCUGGGUUUUCUCUGUGCUGACUCUGGAAUAGGCUGUUGGCUGCUGUAUUGCCAGAAAUCAGGGUUUAGGCUCCUGGGAACUCGUUGUUUACAGCUGAUGUCAUAGCAACUGACUCUUUUUAACUGUUUAAAGUGGAGCUAAAGAUGCAGAGUUAAGGAAAUCCCCUCUGGAGCAGUGGCUCCUUGCCAGCUGUGUGCUGACUGAAUUUGCAACACUAUUGUGCAGUAAGUGGUUAAGUUUCAGGGUGAUUAAUGACCGAAAUAGGAACAUUCAGCGCAUUAAUCUGCCAAAAUCAGCAUACCAGGGUUCAAAGUUCUGUAUAAAGCGUUAGGGAAAAGUAGCUUCCAGCAGUAAGAAUCACAUCUUUAUUUUUUCCUCCUUUUUUUUUUUAGUGAAUAGCAAGUGUACAAAUUUAAAGUUGUAAGUUGUGAACACUGGAAAACUCAAUUGUGAUAUAUUCCGUAACCAUCUUAGUAAUAUAUGCUCGUGUUGCCAUAGAAUGAAUGUAAGUGGCAGUUAAAAUAACUGUGAAAUUUUUCAUCUUCUGAUUUCUUAGCCAGAUAACCCUUGGCGACUUGGGCCUCAGUAGGAAUUCUCUAUCAACUGCUUGGAGAACACUCAUAUCUAUUUUUAUAAAUAUAUAUAUAAAGCCAGAGUUGUCAUUUCUCUAACUUAUUAUUCAGCUUGGCAAUUGCUUUGAGUUGAUUCAUAACACGAUAUAAUGUAUUUAUGCAGUUAACUGUUCAUUUCUAGGCAUGUUACAAAAGAGAGAGUCAGAGAAUCACCGAAUGGGCUGACUUGGAAGGGACCCAUCAGGAUCAUGGAGUCCCAACUCCUGACCCUGCCCAGACACCCCAAAAUCCCACCCUGUGCCUGAGAGCAUUGUCUGGAUGCUUUUGAGAUCAGACAGGCUUGGAGCUGUGACCCCCUUCACCUGGGGAGCCUCUUCAGUGCCCCACACCCCUCUGGAAAAGGAUUUUUUCCUGAUUUCCCACCUCAACCUUCCCCAACUCAGCUUCCUGCCAUUUCCUCGGGUCCUGAAGUAUGUAUACAUAUAUAUAUUUGUGUAUAUAUAUAUAUA